UUUUGUAAAAGAGGGAAAACUCAAUUUAGGCCUACGUGAAUUCCGAAAUGGCUCAGUUUCGCCCGGCUGGGUUAUCCGAUGAAGACUCAGAAAGUGAUGAUUAUGGAUAUAACAUGAAACCGGCAAGGCCGUUGCCAUAUCAGCAACACAAUGUAAGAAAGAAGAUAGAAAUCGAACUACAAGACGCUAUUAUUAAUGGCGACAUCAGUGCUGUUGAGAAAAUCGUUCAGUGUGACUUGCACAAUGUUGUAAACAUGAAGCUAGACAGCGGCUGGACUCCUCUUAUCCAUGCCUGCUUUCAUGCUCAAGACAAGAUUGUCAAGUUUCUCUUGGAUUUGGGAGCUGAUCCUAAUUUACAUGCAGAUUCUGUAACACCAAUAAUGGCAGCAUGUUCAAAUAGCAGCGCAAACAACGAUACCAUCUACAGCAUCAUUUUAAACCUCAUUGAGAAGGGUAGCAUUUUGAACAUAGGAGACAAGUACGGGCAGACUCCCCUCAUGAGAGCAAUUAGCAAUGGAAGAGUGGCCGUCGUAAGGAAGCUGCUUGAUAGCAAUGCUAAUAUGGAAAUGAGGGAUCAGCAGGGGUGGACUGCUGUGUUCUGGGCUGUUCAUCACAAACAGCCUGAAAUCUUAGAGAUGCUAAUUGAACGCGACGCUCGACUAUCGGAGGUUGAUAAAUCCGGCCGAACUCCAUUGGACAUUGCCAGUUCUCAUGACUAUGAAAACAUAAUUGAGAUAUUGAAUAAGAAUUCAAAGACUGAACCAGAAACUGAAGACUCUGAAAAGACUACUUAUUCUGCUAAAAAAGAAUCGUCAUCUUGGCUAGAUCUUUAUCCUGGACUAUAUGAAGGAAAAACAGUUGACUACACAGCCGAGAUUUCGCGUCUUCUUUAUGGAAUGAACUGCGAGCGACUAUGGCCUCUCAUUGCGGAAAGCGGCAUAGAUCUUAAAACAUUCCUUCUUUUGGACGAAGAGAGUAUGAUCGAUCUUGGGAUAGAAAUGCCGUUUGAGCGACAGAGGCUGUUGCUCGGACUUCGAAAGUUCCACCUAAGAGGCUGGAGAUUGGACAGCGUAGCCGGUUUAUACGCCUGCAAAUCUGAAAACUACAGGUUAAAACAACAAGAGCCUUUGGGGAUAGCUCAUGGAUUUCUGUGUGGUACCUCGGCUUCUGGACCUGUAUUAGACUGUUUAACUUCACUAGGAGCGCAUCUACAGCAGGUGUACAUACUAGACGCCACUCUAGAAUACACCCUACGUGGUUUUGCUAAGAUUCAAGACGAGAUUGAGUAUGAAACUCCAGACCCCGAACUUGUGAUGAAACUCAAGACUGCUUCAAGGAGAAUGCGUACGAAUAUAAAUAACAUUAGAAGGGAAUCUCAAGCUUUGAAACAUAUACUGGUGAAAAUAAGUGACGAAAAUCCAGAGCCUUGCGACCUAGUCAGGGAGGAUUCCAACCCUAAAAUAGUCCUCAGCUACUUGUCCGAAGCAAUCCUCAUCUGCUCUCUGAGUCUUUUUGUAUACCAUGCCAAAAAUCUAAUUACUUACAUCGCUACUGGCAAAUAGCCAUUUUCGUCUACUGUAAAGCCUUAUUGAGUAUUACGCCAAAAACUUAAUUACUCAUAUCGCUACUGGCUACUAGUCAUCUACGUCUACUGUAAAGCCUUUUUGAGUACUACGCCAAAAACUUAAUUACUCAUAUAUGCUACUGGCUAAUAGCCAUACUCAUCUACUUUCUAAGCCUUUUUGGAUACCGCGCCAAAACCCGCAUUACUUAUUUCGUUAUAUAAUAAAAAGUUAUUAUUUUUUAAUAUUUCGUAAUAUAAAUUGUUUCAUAUUUCGCGGAAAAAUAUUUUGUUUCAUUUAUUUUGGUAAAUAUACCGGUCCUAUAUCUACAUUCACGAGCAGUAAAUAAAACAACACAUUAAUUACUAAUUAAAUAUUAUUCAUAAUAUCAUCAUCACCACGGGUCUCCAAUCAUGCGAAUUUUAGGCCAUAGUCCGCCUCGCUGGCCCACUGCGGGAUGGGUACUUCACUCGUUUUCCUAGGGUUGUGAACCUUCUUCGAAGUGCAGGUUACAUCACGAUGAUCUCCUUUAGGGCGUGUUCCCAUUAUGUCGUAACGGUUUAUUUAUAGUUGACCACUGUCGCGUCUAGCCCAUAUCACGACUAUCUGUUGUGACUGUGUCGUGGACGUUUAUUUUAU